UCCCCUGGCGCGGGCUCCGGCGGCCGAGCAGGAGCCCGCGGCGCAGUGAGCAUGCUCGGCUCCCGGGCAGGGCGCCCCCGCCGUGCGCCCCGCGUGUCCGCACAGUUGGCUUGCAGCGGGCUGUGAGCGAGGCUUUGUCCUGGGAAGUGCGCUCCUUCUUCGCCCCUUUCUGAUGUCCCAGACAGACUUGUAAAGACCCCCGGACCCCUCUCCGACGCUGCGGCGGGGACACCGUACAUGCACCGGACGCCCGUGACCCCGGGAGGGUCCGAGCCCGGUUUCUGUGGGCGCUUUCCUCUCUUUCUUUUUUAACUUUCCCGUACUUUGUUGUGCUCCCGGGGCCAGGCCUCCGCGGGCCGGCAGAGCCGGGAGCCACCCCGCGACCAUUGCAUUUGCAACUUUCUCUUUGGGGGCGAAAGCGAAGAGCUGGUUUUCUUUGCUCGCUGAUAAAUGCUGUUUAUGAGGAUGGACCUGUUGAAUUUCCAGUACCUGGACAAGAUGAACAACAUCGGCAUCCUCUGCUAUGAAGGUGAAGCUGCUCUCAGGGGAGAACCCAGGAUGCAAACCCUCCCGGUGACCUCUGCCCUGGGCACCCACCGCACUGGCCCGCCCCCCAUCAGCCCCAGCAAGAGAAAGUUCAGCCUGGAGCCAGGCGACGAGGACUUGGACUGUGAAGCUGACCACAUCACCAAGAUGGGCCGCAUCUUUAGCCCCCACCUGAACAAGACUACCAAUGGAGACUGCCGGAAGGACCCCCGAGAGCGCAGCCGCAGCCCCAUCGAGCGCGCUGUGGCCCCCACCAUGGGCCUGCACGGCAGCCACCUGUACGCGUCCCUGCCCAGCCUCGGUGUGGAGCAGCCCCUCGCCCUGACCAAGAGCAGCGGGGAUGCCGGCAGGGCGGCUGGCCUCUCCCCCACACUCACGCCAGUGGAGCGGCAGCAGAACCGGCCCUCGGUGAUCACCUGUGCCUCAGCUGGAGCCCGAAACUGCAACCUUUCGCACUGCCCCAUCGCGCACAGUGGCUGCGCUGCGCCUGGGCCCGCCAGCUACCGGAGGCCACCCAGCGCUGCCCCCGCCUGCGACCCUGUGGUGGAGGAGCACUUCCGCAGGAGCCUGGGCAAGAACUACAAGGAGCCGGAGCCGGCACCCAACUCUGUGUCCAUCACUGGCUCCGUGGAUGACCACUUCGCCAAAGCCCUGGGCGACACGUGGCUGCAGCUCAAGGCGGCCAAGGACGGCACCUCCAGCAGCCCCGAGUCAGCCUCGCGCCGUGGCCAGCCGGCCAGCCCCUCUGCCCACAUAGUGAGCCACGGCCACUCCCCGUCGGUGGUCUCCUGAGGGUGCCCAGUGCCUCGCCCGUCUGCAUGGUUUGCCCAAGCUUUGAACAGUCAGUGCUUAAAAAAAAAAUUGUGGGGUGGGGCGGGGGGAGGGAAGGGGUGGUCUAGCCGCAAACCCGUGCGGCGGGGUUCUGUGCUCUUCUGUCUCAUACUUGCUUGGUGUCCGCGCAAGGGGCCCUCUGUGUGCCAGGAGGCGGCGUGCAGGUCGGCGGGCGCUCUGUGGCACCCGUUUCCUGCCUUGGUUACCAAAGAAACCUCUGGCACAGUGUGCGGCCGGCCAGGACUCCAGCGUCCUCAGCCACAAGCCAUGAAGACUUCGGGGGGCCCGGCGCUCUGUGCUCUUCUUGUGUGCUUCCCAAGGCCCGGGACUGUGUGCGUGUGUGUGUGCGUGUGUAUACUUGAAGAGAAGCGUGGUGUCUGAUUUGCACUAUUGGAGGACGGAGGCUGCCCGCAGCUGCUGCAGGACGCUGGCAUGGAGGGCAAAGUGCUGGGACUGCAGGGCGGCUGCUCCUGACCCUCUGUGGCGGGGUGCGGUGAAGUUAGAGGAGCUUGGGGGUGCCGCACAGGCUGCAGUCUUCUCUAGAGUCGGGGCUGCACCUGAUCACAGGCGCCACCGCAUGGGCAUUCACCCUCUGGGAUCACUGCAGCUGUCGGGCAGACUGAGGUCAAGGACUCCGUAGUGCUUUAAAGAGGACACAUGUUUUAAUGGAGAAAAAAAUAGCUGGUUUCUAUUAAUUGUACAGACAGUAAGCAAACCUGAGUACUUAUGGCUUCUUUUCAGAACUAGUUUAUUUUGUCAGUCCCAGUCCUAGAUCUACUUACUGCUGGUACAGUUGUACUCCGAGAUCUGUAUUUGAUACUCUACUCACAAGGAGCGUGGGUGGCCGCAGCUGGCAGGCGGUGGGCAGUGGCCAGCGCCACCGCCUCUGCGCAUCCCCGCUGCCUGGUGACGCACCCCAGGGAGCUGGAUGGUGUCUCCCAGCUCCCUGGGCGCAGCCUGCUCCCUUGGCUGACGGCAGAUUGCUGACAAUCUGCGCCAUGGCGUUGUGUGUGCUUCUUGGUGCGUGGGGCCAAGGCCGUGUACAUUCCUGACUUCAGUUACGACUGCAUUUAUCGUCUGCCAUAGCCACAGCUACUAACUAGACAUUAGCAGCACCCAAGACAGGCAGGGCUGGGGGUGCCUCACAGCUGCUGCUCCUCGUGGUCAAUGAGCGUUUCUGUCCUUGCCUCCAGGGUCUGCAGCCAGCCUGGCCCCCUAGGGGGCUUGGGAUGUCACCUGCUCAGGUGACACAGGGGUGGCCAGCCCAACUGUGAGGCGUUAGAGGCUUCUCCCACAGAUGCACAGUGCCAGGCCCACUGUUGCAUCUGGGGUGUGGGUGCAGGGGUGCCUGGCUCUGGUCAUGCUGGUCAGGCUGCCGGCCCUCACGGAGUGAAAGGAAGCCCCUCUCCAGCCUCCCAGUCACUCCCACUGUACUGGGCUUCCAAGCUUUGGCAUUCAGGCCCCUAUAUUUUCUGUAGGAAAAAAAUCAUUGAGAACACUUUUUUUAUAUAGGUAACUUUAAGACCAUCAUUACGCUGUGCGUAAAGAAUGUACAGAGAAAUUUGUAGGUAUUUUUUGAAGAACAAUUAAUUUGUUAAUGAUAUGUAGCUAUUUAAUUUUUCCCUUUCCUAUCGUAAUCAUUCAUUUUUUGUUGUUUGGAAAAAAAGUUGAUCUUUUUUGGGUCGUGGAUGUGUCCGUAAACGUGCAGGAACACAGGUACUCUGAGACCGCCAUCCGCAUUCAGAGCCACACGUUUGUUACUGCUACAGGCUACUGAGCGCGGGCUGGAGCUGGAGCCGCCGCCGCGGACCCUCCCUCGGCCGGUGAGCGGGGCGCCUCGCGGGGACGGAGGUGCUGGUGGCCGGGUCCCCGCGCCGACCUAUCUGGGAUAGGCUGUCCCCCAGAGCCGGGCCGUCCGCGGCGCGUUCUGACUCCUCUGCUAUGUGUAAAUCUGUAAGAUACCAUUCUCUGUGGCCUGUUUUUCCUGGAAGAAGAAGAAAAAAAGGUUUGGCAGGCCAUCUUUUUUUGUACUUAAAAGUAGCCUUAAGAACAAUAAUAAAGUGCUCUUAAACCAC